AUGGGCUGCAGUGAGUCCUCGAGAGCUAAUACCUCUUUCUAUGUAAACCUUGACGAAGCUUACUUCAAUAAAUCCCAAAUAAAACUUAAAAAACCCCUUUCCACAAAGCUUUGUGAGCUGUCGCGUGAAAUUAUUUGCCAAAAUCUCAAAGAAGGGAUUUCAACAUCAAACCUAAAGUUCCAGAUCAACCAUAAGCAAUGUCUCUUUGACUCUAACAAUUAUGUCCCUCUCUUUGAAAUCGGCGUGACCUCACUCCCCCCUUUUAAAUUGGAACUGUUCCUUUAAAUUUUCAAAAAAAAAUUUAAAAUUCUCUAUGAAAUUUUUAAAAUUCCUAAAAUCUUAAAAAAAUAUAAAUUGAACACAGUUUUUAAAAAUUUUAAUUUAAGAAUUAAAAUAAAAAUAAUAAUUGAUUCAGUGUGAAAAAUGUUUAAAUAAAUUUUUCUAUUAAGUUAGGUCAAAGGUAAUUUUAUAAAAAUUAGUUUGGCUUUUAUAAAAAUUGUUUUAACAAAUAUAAAUUUAACAUAAUACUUUGAAUUUUAAUUUAUUUUUUUAUGAAGAAUUAAAUAAAAAAUUAAUCGAUUCAGUGUUAAAACUGUUUGAGUAGCAUUUUACUCGAAUUAUGUCUAUUAAAUUAGGCCAAAAAACUAUUUUAUUUUCAUCGAUAAAAUUGUCCUAUUGAAAAAAAAAUUAUUCCAAUUUAAAGGGUUAAAGUAUCCAAAAAAUGCAAAUUUUACCGAUGUUUUGCUCCAAUUUUAAAGGGGGGAGUCAGGUGACUCAUUAUCCUUCCAAGUCACCGAAGAUUUGUCUGAAAAAAUUACCCUAUCCUUUAUGAUUUGUGAAAAUACCAAAAAAGUCCUCAGAGCGUCGCUGCCAAAAAAUGAAAAAAUCGCAAACCUAAGGAAAAGGUUCUGCGGGACUGGAGACUGCCGAAAUAAAGUCAAAAUUCUUUAUAAAGAUAUAGAAUUAGACGAUAAUAACACCCUAAUUGACUGUGGUGUGGAGCAAAGCGAGCUGAUAACAGUUGUCAUCAAUGACAAUAACAGCACCAGAAGAGACUCUGUUGUCCCCAACUGAAAAAUCAAAAAAGCAGGCUUGAUUUUGGAAGGGAUCUGCAUGAACCACGAAUGUGUCGCCUACAAACAAAGAGUGUGCAUUUGUUUGGGCAUGGGCAAGUUCGACGCAGUCUUAGAGAUGUCUGAUGGGAGAGAGCAUAAAUGUCCUGUGUGUAACCAAGACAUUUACAGAGCUAAUAAAUUUGGCUUUGUCAUGUGCAAUUAUUCUUUUUGUGGUAUAUUAGAAGAUGGCACUGUUAGCAAUGAGUCUCGAAAUAUCAGAGGAUAUAGCGAGUUUCCAGAGGCAAAUCUGAAUUGGAGAGAGCUGAAAAUUGAGGUCUCGGCUGCAGAUUCGGCUGCUUGUCUUAACAAUUAA